AUGGCUGAUCUGGUGGCUGCUAAGGAUGAAUUCACUAAGGAGUCGGUCGAACUGACGCCUCCUGGCGGAGGACAGUCUAGCACAUUGCAGUGCAUCUCAGAGUUGGACGAGCAGCCGAUUUUCACUCAGUUUUCGUUCCAUGGUAGUGGAAGUCGCGGCAGCAGACUCUCGUUUCAGUACCUCGAGGAAAAUUACACUCGACCGUGA